CCGCCAUGGUGUCCGCGAGGAGGACCACCGCGUCGUCCUGGACGGGGCUCCGCCGCUGAGUCGUCGGCAUCCUCGCCUGGCCGCCAUGGCCGUCAGACGCUGCUGUGUUUGGCUCGCCGGCAUCGCCUGUCUCCUCGCUGCUCAAGGGAACGCACUACUGGCGGGGCCGUCCUUCCAACUGGAGCCGCCGGCGCGCGUGGACUUCGCCAACGACACCGGCGCCGUGGUGGACUGCGUGGCCGUGGGGUCGCCGCCGCCGACGGUGUCCUGGCUGACGGAGGGCAAGGCGGUGGCGGACGUCCCCGGCGCGCUGACGGUGCUGCACAACGGCUCCCUGCACUUCCUGCCCUUCCGCGCGAGCGGCUACCGCCACGACGUGCACGCCGCCACGUACCGCUGCGUGGCCGCCAACGUGGUGGGCCGCGUCACCAGCAGGGACGUCCGCGUGCACGCAGUGGUGCUGCAGGACUACGUGGUGCAGGUGUUCUACAACAAGAACGUGAUCCGCGGCAACACGGCCGCCCUCAAGUGCACCGUGCCCAUCUUCGUGCGCGAGUACAUCACCGUGGUGUCGUGGCUCAAGGACGACACCUUCAACAUCUACCCGUCGCCGAAAGGAGAGGGCAAGUACCACAUGCUGGUGACGGGCGAGCUGCUGGUGCGCGACGUGGACGAGCCCGACAAGUACCACAGCUACCAGUGCCGCGCCGUCAACAGGCUGACGGGCGCCACCAUCAUGAGCGCGGGCAAGGCGCGCUUCAGCGUGACAGAGGCCCGCGCCGGCAUCCCGCCGCGGCCGCUGGAGAAGGCGGUGACCGUGCACGGCCGCAAGGACAGGACCGUGGUGCUGCCGUGCUUCGCGGAGGGGCACCCGCCGCCCACCGCCAGCUGGUUCCGCAUGGACAGGCAGCAGCUGCGGCCCGCCUCCGCGCUAGGCCUGGGCGGCCUCGGCGGCCUCGGCGCGCACGACGAGCGCGUGUUCGCGGCCGGCGAGGUCCUGGUGAUCCAGCACGCCGAGGAGGCCGACGCCGGCCACUGGGUGUGCCUGCUCAACAACACGGCCGGCAGCGAGCGCGUUGACGUCACCCUGCAGCUCACCGCGCCGCUCACCGUGGCGCUGCAGCCAGCCAACCAGGUGACGGUGGACGACGGCCACCUGCUGGCCGGCGCCACGCACGCCGCCCUGGUGCUGGAGCACGUGCAGCGCGAGGACGCCGGCAUGUACCAGUGCGUGGCGCGCACCGACAACGACGACUCGGCGCAGGCCGCCACCCAGCUGCUGCUCGGCGCCGCCCGCCCCCAGCUGCUGUACAAGUUCAUCCGGCAGACGCUGGCGCCCGGCCCCCACGUGUCCCUCAAGUGCAUCGCGGCCGGCAACCCCACGCCGCACAUCUCCUGGAACCUGGACGGCUUCCCGCUGCCGCAGAGCGAGCGCUUCGUCAUCGGCCAGUACAUGACGCUGCACGGCGACGUCAUCAGCCACGUCAACAUCAGCAACGUGCAGGUGGAGGACGGCGGCAUCUACCAGUGUGUCGCCACCAACCGCGUGGGCGACGCGCGCCACUCGGCCGACAUGCGCGUCUACGGUCCACCACACGUCCGCGCCAUGCCCAACAUCUCGGCUGUCGCCGGCGAGCCCCUGUACAUCGCCUGCCCCGCGGCGGGGUACCCCAUCGAGUCCAUCACCUGGGAGAAAGACGGGCGGGCGCUGCCGAUGAACCGGCGGCAGCACGUGUUCCCCAACGGCACGCUGCACCUCGAGAACGUGCAGCGCGACUCGGACCGCGGCCUGUACCGCUGCAGCGCCUCCAACAAGCAGAGCAGGACGUCCUCGCAGAACCUGGCGCUCGCCGUCAUCGUCCCGCCCAAAAUCACCCCGUUCGCGUUCCAAACCGACCUCCACGUCGGCGAGCGCGCCGGCGUCCAGUGCUUCGUCAGCAAGGGCGACCUACCGCUGCGGCUGGAGUGGCGCAUGGAGGGCCUCGGCGGCCCCCAAGGCCCCCGCGGCCCCCAGGGCGGCGUCGACGCGCUGCCCCAGGACGUGGAGGUGCGGCCCAUGGGCGAGCACGUGUCCUCGCUGAGCAUCGAAUCGCUGCGGCCGGAGCACGCCGGCACGUACAUCUGCUCGGCCAGCAACGCCGCGGCCAGGGUCGACCACGCGUCCGAGCUCAUCGUCAACGUGCCGCCGCGCUGGGCCGCCGAGCCGCGCGACCAGAACGUGACGCGGGACCAGCCCGUCGCCUUCCACUGCCGCGCCGACGGCUUCCCCCAGCCCGUCGUCACCUGGAGGAAGAUCAUCGGCACCCAGCCCAGCGAGUACCAGGACCUGACGGCCACGGGGCGGCACCGCGGCGUGCAGGUCUUCCCCAACGGCACCAUGCUGAUGCGGCAGGCCCUGCCCGACCUGCAGGGCAUGUACAUGUGCGAGGCCAACAACGGCAUCGGCGCGGGGGUGUCGGCCGUCGUCAACCUCAAAGUGCACAUCCCGCCCGAGUUCGAGGUCAAGUCCGCGCAGGUGUCGGUGCGGCGCGGCGCCCCGCAGACGCUGUCCUGCCAGGUGCUGGGCGACGGCCCCAUGACGGUGACGUGGCAGCGCGACGGCCGCGGCGACGGCAGGGACGUGCACGCCAACCCGCGCUACGAGGUCAAGGACCACGAGGUCAAGGCCGGCUUCCUGUCCGAGCUGCACAUCGCGUCCACCGCCAAGACGGACAGCGGCGCCUUCCUCUGCGUCGCCACCAACCCUUUCGGGCGCGCGGAGCGCGUCGUGCACCUGCAGGUCCAAGACGCGCCGGGCCGGCCGCAGGACGUGCGCGUGCUGGAGGCGGCCAGCAGGCAGGUGAAGCUCACCUGGCUGGCGCCCCAGGACGACCGCGGCGCCACGUCGUACAGCCCGGCGCUGCAGUACUCGGUGCAGUGGCAGCUCAAGGCGGCCGGCGGCGAGCAGGCGGAGCCCUGGCGGUCGCGGCCCGCCGUGGCCGAGCAGCGCGCCGUCGUCUCCGACCUGACCCCCGCCACGGUGUACCGCUUCCGCGUGGUGGCGGAGAACGAGCUCGGCGCCGGCGAGCCCAGCGACGCCGUCACGGUCCGCACGGACAGCGAGGCCCCCGCCGGCGAGCCCAAGGGGCUGUCCGUCGUGGCCACGGCCUCGGACGCCCUCGCCGUGUCCUGGAGCGCCCCGCCCGUGCAGACCUGGCACGGCGAGAUCCUGGGCUACUACGUGGGCUACCGCGAGCACGGCCUGGGCCGGCCCGGCGGCCAGGGCCACAACUUCUCGACGGUCACCGCGCGCCCCGACGGCUCCGGGUCGGCCACCCUCACCGGCCUCAAGAAGUACCGCAAGUACGGCGUCGUGGUGCAGGCCUUCAACGAGAAGGGCCCGGGGCCCAUGUCGGAGGAGGAGGUGGCGCAGACACUGGAAGACGCGCCCGGAGCGCCGCCCCAGGACGUGCGCUGUGAGUCCCGCGCCCCGCAGAGCCUCCUCGUGGAGUGGCAGCCGCCGCCCCUGCUGCAGCAGCACGGCGUGCUCCAGGGCUACCGCGUGUACUACGAGAACGUCGAGGAGUGGCCGCCCGGGGCCGUGGAGGCGGACACCAAGGUGGUGGCCGACAGCCGCGCCGAGCUGCACGGCCUGCAGCGCUUCGCCAACUACAGCGUCAGGGUUUGGGCCUUCACCAGGGCGGGCGACGGCGUGCGCUCCAAGCCCAUCCACUGCGUCACGGAGGAGGACGUGCCGGACGCGCCGGCCGACAUCAAGGUGGUGGCCAGCUCGGCGUCCUCACUGGUCGUGUCCUGGCUGCCGCCCACGCGCCCCCACGGCCGCCUCACGGGCUACACGGUGUACCGGCGCACGCUGGACGCGCCGGGCGGCCGCGAGCAGGACUCGGCCAAGCACCGCCUGCCGGCCUCCGCCACGUCCUACGAGGCCACCAACCUCAAGAAGGGCGUCGCCUACGAGUUCUGGGCCACGGCGUCCACGCGCGUCGGCGAGGGCCACAGCACAUCCGUGGCCUACGCCAGCGUGUCGCCGUCUGCGGACGGCGCCCCCGCCGUCGGGGACUCGGUGUCCGUGGCGGCCGACGGCACGCUGCGCAUCUCGGACGCGCAGCGCCAGCACUCGGCCAACUACACGUGCACCGCGACCAACGCCAACGGCUCGGACCAGAUCGUCCACCAGGUGCAGGUGCAAGUGGCCCCGGGCGCGCCGUCGGUCCGGGUGUCGUCGACGUCGUCCUCGUCGGUGCAGCUGCAGUGGUCCGUGUCGGACACGGGCGGCUCGGCCAUCCGCGGCUACCUGCUCAACUUCCGUCGCGAGGACGGCGAGUGGGAGGAGCGGCCGCUGGGCGCCGACGCCACCACCUACCGGCUGGAGGGGCUGGACUGCGGCUCGCAGUACCAGCUGCAGGUGAUGGCGGUGAACGCGGUGGGGUCCGGGCCCGCGUCCACGCCACUGGUAGCCCGCACGUCGGGCAGCCCGCCCUCGCAGUCGCCGCCGCACGAGUUCAUCGAGACCAACGUGAACGGCGUGGGGCUGCGCCUGGGCACCUGGGCCGAGAACAACUGCCCCAUCUUCGGGUUCAGCAUCCAGUACCGCGAGAAGGGCCGCGAGGACUGGACCACGGCGGCCAGCAACGUGCUGCCGCCCGAGACGUUCACGCUGUCGGGGCUGUGGCCCGGCUCCACGUACCAGGUGCGCGUGGUGGCGCAGAGCGAGGCCGGCGCCACCCAGGCGGACUACGAGGUCGGGCGAGGCCGCGCGCCCGGCGACGGCACCAUGGCGCUGGACAACAAGCACAACCUGGCGCAGCGCGAGCAGUUCUACGCCGCGGUGCAGAAGGGCCUGGGCCAGCCCCUGCAGGAGCGCAUCCCGGAGUACGCCGAGGACAUCUCGCCCUACGCCACCUUCCACGUGGCGUCCCACGUGCCGAGCCACGCCGCCAGCCACGUGGGCAGCCACCUGUACCACGAGCAGCGCGUCGCCGCCAUGGAGACCCUGCAGCUCAAGAGCGGCAACCCCAAGGACGACCUGGCCAAGAUGAGGGUCAACAUGAAGGGCGGCAAGAGCGCGCGCUCCGACAGCACCGGGGAGUACUCGGCGGACCAGUGGUCGGACAUCGGCCCCUGCAGGGCGGAUCGAAUACCGAUGCAGACCCUGCUGUACGGCGGCAGCGCGGCGCAGGGCGCGGAGUCCAGCACGUCGCCAGAGCAGUCGCCAGUGCCGGAGCGGCGGGGCCGCCACCACCUGCAGCACCUCCAGCACCACCCCGUGACGCCGGGCAGGGUCCGAAAGCGGCCCUCGGGGGGGCUCGGCCUGGGCGUCGGCGCGGACGUGGUCGGCGGCCGCUUCCCCUUCGGCGCGCGCCUGGACCCACCGAGCGGCUUCUCGGACCCCUCGGCGCAGGCCGCCUCCAGCGAGGCGGAGUGCGACAUGGACACGAUGCACCGCCUCAAGAAGGCCGUCAAGCCCAAGGCCAAGCGGAUGGGCGGCGCGCCCGCCAACCACUUCACCAUCGCCGUGUGACCGGAUGACGUCACUUCCCCACUCCUGAUCUCCGCACUGUAAAAAAGAUGGGGAGCAACGACACUGGAAGUGUCUCGCGGAGUCACUCCGUGUGUUGGUGUGUCUGUGUUGGUGUCGGCACCCAUGAUAGGAGACUUUGCAGCUCCUAGGACUGGCACAAACCGUCCUCUGCCUUUAUCUGCUGUAAUUGUCGGCAACAACUGCCAGAACUAAAUUGUGCUCAAUUGUCGCGUCUACACUGUCGGGCUGUCCGGGAGUGAUGCGCAAGAAUGUGAUAUUUGUGCGGAUUUCCUUGAAGUUUCAAGAGCCUAGAUCCGUCCCGUAAGAAAACGCCUUUAUAAUUUAUGUGUUGCCACUUUCCGUGCUGGAAACCUUAGAAGACGAAUCGUUUGCUGGGAAUACUGUACCGACAGGUACAAACAGUUUUGUCGCAUAUGUCCACUUUUGGAGCAUUGCGUCUUUAAUGGGCUGGAUAUUCCUGCUGGCUGGGAAAAUGAACUACAUAGUUUCUGACAAUACAUGAUCAACCAAGUCAUUUUUUAAAAAACUAAAAACUGCCAAUAAGUAAGACUGUUUAACGAGAACGAUGCUUUGCAUAUGUCCCCCAUACAGUCGUGCUAACAUAACUUCCUGCCAGGAAACUCUGAACCAUUUCCAGACUUUAUAAAAGGAAAAAUAUCAACUAUCCGUUUUAUUUAUGAGAAAUUCACGCCAAAUUGUACUGUGGAACACGCUUUCACGCAAUUAUGAUUUUGACUAAGAGUUGUUUUGUCAACGAAACAUGUAACAAGUUAAUAGUACUUUAUGAAAUGUUGAACCUGAAAUUAUCAAAGAGCUAUUUUUGUAAUAAAUAACCAUUCAUACA